AUGUUCCAAUUUCAGUGCGUGACAUGGAAAUUGGAGAAAGCACUGGCUAACUUUCCACACGAUGAUUUUGAUAUAACCGAGGAAGUAAAAGAACAGGUUGAUUUAGUCACAGCACAGUUGAGACGGGCCACUGAAAAAUAUGGUGGGCCCUUAAACUCAAUUUUGUUGCACAGAGCAUUCUCUCAGCCGUUGGAUAAAGAGGUUGACCCAUUUCAGCCGAGCAUUAUUGAUCACGAGGUCAGCAGGAAAGUGGAAGGUUUAGAUGAAGUUUGUGAAACUAAAGAAAGCCCAAUAAGGGACUCGUCCACCUUGUCUGAGAUUUGUGUCCCGAAGGGUUUAGAUUGCGCAAGAAACAAUAGCUUGCCAUGCAAAAACAGAGAGGAGAACAAGAAGCCUGAUAAUUUGGUGAUACCUGAUGAUUUUCUUUGCCCAAUAUCCCUCGAGCUUAUGAGGGAUCCAGUUAUUGUGGCCACGGGGCAGACCUAUGAGAGAUCCUACAUACAAAGAUGGAUCGACUGUGGGAACAGAACUUGCCCGAAAACCCAGCAGAAGCUCCACCACCUCACCCUCACCCCAAACUACGUCCUCAGAAGCCUCAUCUCCCAAUGGUGCCUCAAGCACAAGGUCCUUCACCCUACUCCCCCGGACCCCCACACAGACGAUUUAUUCUCCAUCUUCCAAACCCUUGUCCACCGAAUCUCAAGCUCGUCUCCCGAGGAAUGCAGAAAAGCCUUGUCCGAAAUCCGGUCAUUUUCCAAAACAAACACAGACAAUCGGAUCCUUCUUGCCGAGGCCGGAGCCAUUCCUAUUCUCGUCAAUCUAUUAUCUUCUGACAACUCACAAAUUCAAGAAAAUGCUGUCACGUGCAUUCUCAACCUCUCGAUUUACGAAAACAACAAACGGCUCAUCAUGCUGGCAAACGCUAUACCCUCGAUCGUGCAGCUUCUUAGAUCUGGAAAAAGCAUGGAGGCCCGCGAAAAUGCGGCCGCCACACUUUUCAGUUUAUCGUUCGCAGACGAGAAUAAAAUAAUAAUCGGGGCCUCAGGGGCUAUAUCCGCUUUGGUCAAUUUGCUCGAGAAGGGGAGCUCGAGAGGGAAAAAAGAUGCAGCCACUGCUUUAUUUAAUCUGUGUAUCUAUCAUGGGAAUAAAGGGAGGGCCGUUAGGGCCGGGAUUAUAAACGGGCUCAUGAAGAUGCUCACGGGCUCGUGCAUGGUUGACGAGGCUUUGGCCAUUCUCUCAGUUCUUGCGGGCCACCCGGAGGCGAAAAUGGGUAUUGUGAAGGCGAACAUGAUGCCGGUUUUGGUGAGCCUUCUCCGGACAGGCUUGCCACGCGGGAAAGAGAAUGCAGCUGCUGUUUUGUUCUCUUUGUGCAAAAGGGACUCUGCAAAUCUUGCAUGCUUGAGCAGGCUUGGAGGGAUGGUGGCUCUUAUGGAGUUAGAAGAAAAUGGUACAGAGCGGGCAAAGAGGAAGGCAUUGUCGUUGUUGGAGGACCUUCGUAGAUUUCAAAAGAGGUCUGAGCUCAGAAUCGACCUCAGGCUGUCGGGCCUACCUCAAUCCCAGACCGACGUCACAACGGUCAGAACCGACUUUACAUCUGGGACCCCGACCUUCCUGUCGGGAUCAAAUUCGGGGCCUUAUACAACCGACUCCAUCUUCUAUUCUCCGACCCCAGUCCGGGUCACAAACCGACAUCGUGAGCUGGAAAAACUGACUUCAAGCUGGGCCGAGUUCAACUCGACAAUUCUGACCCGACGUCGAGUCCGAUCGACUUCAAAACAGUCGACCUCAUCUCAUCGGGACACCGAUACCACCGACCUCUCUCACUGGGGCCCGAACUCCCCGUCCGGCCGACCUCACGAGAUGACCCCCAACACAGAUAUGGGAUCCGACUUCAUUGAUCUGACCUCUCAAUCCACCGACAAGAUAGCCGACUUCAUCGGAUGUCUUACAACCGACUUCAUGAAAGCAAAAUCGACCUCAUAUCAGAACAUUGUAGACCUCAACAUCUCGGCCAGACACAAACCCGACUUCAUCUUCUACAAUCAACCGACAUCGGUCGUUGAAGCAGAUCCGACUUCAACAUCUCUAGCCGAUCUAAAACUUGGGCCGACAUCACCAUUACCGACCUCAACCCCGACGGUGAAUCCGAAUUUACUUUUUCUGACGAGCCCUCAGAACUGA